AUGUCGAACCCGUUCGAUAUUCCGACGCCGCCGAAAAAACGAACGCCGAACCCGUCUCGAGACGAUUACGAGGGGAUGUUUCCAUCCUCGUCUUCGGCGUUACGCGGGGAUGGUUCUGCUGAGAAUAAUACCAAUGUUGCCGCGCGAAUGUACGCGGACGAGGAGGAGGAAGAUUCCUCCCCGUGGGGGACGAAUACGAGGUACACGCAAAGCGCGGAUUACCAUCGGUCGAUUGAUACGGAGGUGAGGUCCUCUGGCGGUGGCCAGACUGGUGGUGGGAUGAUGAUGGCACAGUCUGGCGGAUAUUUUGGGAGAGGCGAUUACGAGGAAGAGGAAGAAGAGUUGGAGGAUGAAGAGGACGGGACGCAAGGGAUGAAUACGCAGAGGAGUUCGUAUAAUUCGGCGAUGCAGACGCAGUCGACGACGGCAGGUGGCAGUGGUGGUGGUCACAUGGUGCGGUCGUCUCUGCAGAGUGGUGGGAGUAUGACUCCACCGCAGGCGACGAGUCCGAAUCCUAACAAUCCGGGACGAACGUCGACGAGCUCGUUGAGAACGUCGGUCUCCGCGGAGAGUUAUAAAUCGUUCGGGAAUAGGUUGAGGAACGUAAUCAAGCAGUCACAAGAGCAAGGAAGUCGCGUGAAGGCGAGGAACGACGCGAGAGCGGAAGAACUGGCGAUGAAUCGAAGGUAUAAGGGCGGUCAGCAGUUGUUGGUGGAGAAUCAAAGGCAAGAGGUGACGAUGGCGUCCUCGUACGGGACGUUAGAUCAACAUCAGUCGAGGUCGUUGGACGUUUCGAGAGACUCGAGAGAUGAGCGAGGUGGAGCUGGUGGAGUUCCACCGGGUAGCGCGCAGAAAAAGCUCGGAUUCUUUGCGCGCAGACGCGGCGCGAGUUCGGAAUCCGUCGAUCAACAACCGCAGCAACAACAACCUCCUCAAACGGAAGGAGAUAUAAAAUCGAAGAAAUCUUUGAAACACAAGAUGAAAAGUUUACAGCGACGUACGGGGCAAAUGGUCCUCGAAACCGUUCGCGUCGUCGAUAAGCCGAAAGACGACGAUUUCAACAACCUGUGGAGACGAGUUCAGAAAUCUGAUAAAGUUUUGCAGCAACUCGGCAAAGAGUCCGCGAAAUUUUUAGCCGCUUUGAAAGAAGUUUCCCUCCACUCGAAAGAAAUCUCGACGUUACUCUUACAGUUCGCCGAAGGUGACGAGAGCGAGGACCCACGGAAUCACGCGAACGCCGCUCGCACCCAAGGAGGAUAUGAAGACGUCGAGUUUCGAAAACAGAAAGAUUUAGUCACGGAGAAAGCGACCAAGUUAUUAGACGUGACGCGAUCGAUAGACGACCGAAUCAUCCCAAUGUGCGCGGAUGCAAUGCAAAACUCGUUUGGUACCAUUCGCGAUAAACGAUUGGAACAGUUUCCUGCGUAUCAACCGUGCGUGGAUAAGCGCACGGCGUACAUGCGCGACAUGGAUGCCUACGAACGCCGUUUGGAAACGGCUCAAAACGCGAAGAAAAAAGACAUGGAAUACAUCGACAAAUCGAAACGUAAAGCUGAACUCUCGCAGAACCGUUUCCAGACAUUCUCUUCGCGAUUGGUGGAAGAUUUGGUCCUCUUUGACGGCAGUCGUUUCGAAACGUGCGGCGAGUUGGUCAACACGUUUGCCGAGAGCUUGAAUUUCACAGUUGAUCGAGAACAAGACGUUUUAAGGCUCGUCGGAGGGAGCGAUUAA